CACAAUAGAGGGAGACUGUACACACUAUAGCAUCAGUAUGUGACUGCUGGUGCCUGAUAAUACCGAUAUCGAGCUCCUUCAGUGGACAACUUGCUGAGCUACCUUUUUUCAUUUGCAAGAGGAUGCCAGCUCUAAGCCAAUGCAACUGAUAACAGACUGGACAUUGGAAUAGUUCAUUUAACUUGUAAUUACAUCUCUUACGUUCUGCAUCUCUGAAGAAAGGCUUAUUACGGAAGACAAAAAUUCAUCGUGUCCCCUUAGCUCACAUAGUACUGAUGAUAUACAGAGUUUGAUCUUGCAGUGAAAGCUGCUGAAUUGUCAUGCUUCUGAUAUCUUCAGUGGAGACUUGCAAGACUAUUUGACAGAAACAUAUUUGUAAGCUUCUUGUUAGUCAUCAACUAGCUACACAACAAAUUCAAGACCAGAAGACCGAAAGGCAGCUGAGGUAAUAAUUCUUCGGAAGAAUUAAGGCGCCCAUGUCUUUGAGGUGUUGUGAAAUGAGCAGAGAAUGAAUUUUUCUUGAACUAAGCGGAGAGGAGAAGCGCAGCCUUCUGGCUAGAGCACUGGUCUGGAGCCCAAGAAGAAGCAGCUAAAGAGGCAGUAGGUUUGAUUUGGCAAGUCAUUUGGAAAAGGAGGAGUGGAGAGCCCUGUAACCGCUGAACAAUAGAAAAUGGUCGGCUGUGGAACUCUAUCGUGAAGACCUCAGAAGAAAUAUCAAUUUUUCCAGUCAGCUUUUCAUAAUGUAAAUAUAAUUUGAGCUUUCCCAAAUGGGCAGCUAAACCAUGAGCAAGCAGAAAAACCCAUUUUGGACUGUAUUUCUGAACCAGGCUUCACCUUCUGUCUCGGGAACUUAUUAAAGGAUUACAGCUGAAAAAGACAAGAGAAAGAAAACCUUGAACAGGAAGCUUAUCCUACAAUGAGAAUUACAAGUACAUCUUGUAUCUGCCCAGUCCUAGUUUGUCUCUGUUUUGUGCAGAGGUGUUAUGGAGCUGCUCACCAUGGCUCCAUCAAGGUGACUAGAAAUCAAACCAAACACGCAGAAGGCGAAACAGAAGUGCAUCAUCGUCCCAAGCGUGGAUGGGUGUGGAAUCAGUUCUUUGUUUUAGAAGAACAUAUGGGACCAGAUCCUCAAUAUGUAGGAAAGCUGCACUCCAAUUCCGACAAAGGUGAUGGAUCAGUCAAAUACAUUCUUACUGGAGAAGGGGCGGGGACUAUAUUUAUUAUUGAUGACACGACUGGAGACAUCCAUUCCACCAAAAGCCUAGAUCGAGAGCAGAAGACACACUAUGUGCUUCAUGCCCAAGCUAUUGAUAGACGGACAAACAAGCCACUCGAGCCUGAAUCUGAAUUUAUUAUCAAAGUGCAGGACAUCAACGACAAUGCACCAAAAUUUACAGAUGGACCAUACAUUGUUACUGUGCCAGAGAUGUCUGAAAUGGGUACAUCUGUUCUACAGGUGACAGCCACAGAUGCAGAUGACCCUACAUAUGGAAACAGCGCCAGGGUAGUGUACAGUAUUCUUCAGGGACAGCCAUAUUUCUCUGUUGACCCUAAAACAGGAGUCAUCAGGACUGCCUUGCACAACAUGGACAGGGAAGCCAGAGAGCAUUAUUCCGUUGUCAUUCAAGCCAAAGAUAUGGCUGGGCAGGUCGGAGGGCUGUCAGGGUCAACAACUGUAAAUAUCACACUCACUGAUGUCAACGACAAUCCACCCAGGUUUCCUCAGAAACAUUAUCAACUCUAUGUUCCUGAAUCAGCUCAAGUUGGAUCAGCAGUUGGCAAAAUCAAAGCAAAUGAUGCAGACACUGGUUCAAACGCAGACAUGAAGUAUACAAUUAUAAAUGGUGAUGGCUCUGGGGUGUUCUCCAUAUCUACUGACAAAGAAACAAGGGAAGGAAUUCUUUCCCUGAAGAAGCCGCUCAACUAUGAAAAAAAGAAAUCAUAUACACUUAAUAUAGAAGGAGCAAAUACUCACGUUGAUUUCCGUUUUUCGCACUUGGGACCAUUCAAAGAUGUAACAAUGUUGAAGAUCAUUGUUGGCGAUGUGGAUGAACCUCCGCUCUUCACUAUGCCUUCCUAUGUCAUGGAAGUUUAUGAAAAUGCAAAGAUCGGGACUGCUGUUGGCACAGUAACGGCACAAGAUCCUGACACUGCCAACAGUUUAGUGAGAUAUUUCAUUGAUCAUAACACAGAAGAAGAUAGGUAUUUCACCAUUGAUGCUAGUACUGGGACCAUUAAGACUGCCAAGAUCUUUGACAGAGAGGAAACACCUUGGUACAACAUCACGGUGGCUGCUUCUGAGAUAGACAAUCCUGGGCUAGUGAGCCACGUUCCAGUUGGUAUUAGAAUCCUGGACAUCAAUGACAACCCUCCGGAGCUCGCCAGAGAGUAUGAUGUCGUCGUCUGUGAGAAUGUAAAGCCUGGUCAGGUAAUUCAGACUAUCACUGCAACUGACAAAGAUAACUCUGCAAAUGGGGCAAGAUUCCAUUUUUCCCUUGAUGAAGGGCUUUCUUUGAAUCCCAACUUUACUCUAAGGGACAAUGAAGAUAAUACAGCCAGUAUCCUCACAAGACGAAGGAGAUACAGUCGAACCACUCAAGAUAUCUAUUACCUCCCCGUUUUGAUUUCUGAUGGUGGAGUGCCCCCUCUCAGCAGCAGCAGUACUCUCACAAUUCGGGUUUGUGCGUGUGAGAGAGAUGGACGAGUGAGAACCUGCCAUGCUGAAGCUUUCCUCUCCUCCGCUGGCUUGAGCACCGGAGCUUUAAUCGCAAUCCUGCUCUGUGUUGUCAUUCUUCUUGUUUUCUCUUUAGCAAUUGUGGUCCUUUUCAUCACCCUAAGACGUAGCAAGAAGGAGCCCUUGAUCAUUUCAGAAGAAGACGUCCGGGAAAAUGUUGUGACAUAUGAUGAUGAAGGUGGUGGAGAAGAAGACACAGAAGCAUUUGACAUUACAGCACUGCGGAAUCCAUCAGCUGCUGAGGAGCUAAAAUACCGGAGGGAUGUUCGUCCUGAAGUGAAGCCUUUGCCCAGACAUCAUCCCUCCUCAAGCCUUGACAGUAUAGACGUUCAGGAGUUCAUUAAACAAAGACUGGCAGAGGCUGAUCUGGACCCCAGCGUGCCCCCGUAUGACUCCCUACAGACAUAUGCCUAUGAGGGUCAUAGAUCAGAAGCUGGAUCUAUCAGCUCUCUGGAUUCAGCCACAACACACUCAGACCAAGAUUAUAAUUACCUUGGAGACUGGGGACCUGAGUUCAAGAAGCUAGCUGAACUCUAUGGGGAAGUAGAAUCAGAAAGAACAACUUAGUUGUAAUUCCCAGAACAGAGAAGUUCCUAAACAACUGGAGAUACAAUGACAGCAACGGUAACAAAAAAUGAAUACAGUACUUGGAACUGAGCAAGUUGUAUGCAGUUACUGUAGAACAAGUGCCCUUUUCAUAUUUGAAACUGGGUUCUCCAAUUGGAAGAAAGUCAAAUGUUGAAAAAUACAGAAAACAGAAGCUAUUGUCCCUUGUGUAUAUUUUUUAAUUGCUCAAUAAAGUCCGUGGUACCGUAUCUGUAACAAUACCUAAAGUAAAGCCAAGCAAUGAUAUUUUUAUUGCAAUACGCUUAACAUCUCCAAGCUACAGUAAGUUUAUGGUGAUGCCUGUUUAGGAAGAUAGCUAACAGAGGAGCAAAUCUCUUGCAGGUGGUUGUGAUGUUGCAUUUCUAGCUGUGCUCUAGGCCUUGUGAUCCCAAUGUGAGGUAGCCAAUGGGGUUUACUAUCAGUGUGAGAAGUGCUAACAGUCUGUUUGCUUUACAGAAGGGAUAAGCCACACCUGUCCUCUUAAAUAAAUGGUCCUUUGAUGAUUUAAUCUUACUGAAUUAGCAGGUUGCAUUGAGAUUAUGUCAUUUCAUUAUGUCCUUCAUAAUCUUUUCAUCCAUAACCAGCUAACAGAAGGAGGGCACCGUUAGCUGUUAGCUCAAACGUGGCUCUAGCCCAUAACCCCAGACCUGCUCUGCUACUAUGUGCUAGAGGACCUGUUGCUUCCAGUGUCGUGCUUUUUCUUUUUGUCUUUUCACAAGAGCAUCAUUCAUUUAAAUGGAAUGGGUCCAAAGUACUCUUUAUUAAGCAAAGCAGAUGAAGCAUAGGCUCUUUCAAUAAAAACAAUAAUGGGAGCACCAUUAAACUACGCAGUUGUUUGGUUCACUGUGCUUCACUUCUGUCAAUAGAUGAAGCUUUUCAAGUCUUUUGCUGAUCUGAGUCCAGGAGCUACAACAGUCAGUGUAAAACACAGAGUUCUUAAUCAUAAUGUCUCUCUAUUUCUGUGUUCGACUAAAAGCAAAAUAGAGCUGCUGGUAAGGUAUUGGGAUAGUGAAAACUGAAACAAAGAGAAUACGAUGAUGAUGCUUUUUCUUUUUAGUUCAAUCUAGUGAUACUGAAUUUCUCUUAGAGUAAUUUCAAUCUAAGCAGAGCAAGCUUUUUUCUCCCUAUUUCAAGCAUCAUGGGAACAGGAACAUUUUAAGUCAGUGGAGGAAGAAAAAAUUACAAUGUACCAUUAUUGUGGUUCCUAUGGAUUAAAUAAAUUGAUUUCUUAUGUAACUUUUUAGCUAAACAGUUCUGCCUAACGCUGCAGGCUGCUUAACACCUAAGCCAGCAGAUUCUUAUGUUUUCCUUUGUUUUGUUUGAAACUUUAACCUUUUGUUUGUCUUUCUUGUGAUAAUACUAUGAGAGUACCAGGAGCUCAUAAUACCUCGUGAAAGAUUAUGGCCUAUAAGGCUCACCGUCUGUUACAGUCGUCUGCUAAGAAAACUGUAGCUCCACUUAGGGAAGUGGACUUCUUGCAAUAUGCAUUUGAUAGGGAAACUGCCCAGAGCAGAAGCUGUGUACUGUUUUUUUACUCUCUGGGCUGGUGUGGAGAGCGAUACAGAUCUGUACACUCCACUAGAUUCCUCCCUAUACAUUUUAGGUGCCACUUACCUUCAGCUUAGUAGAGAAGGGUCUGUAUUUAUUGCUGACCUACUGUGGGCCACACAGGUGAACCAGACUAUUCAGCCUUCCCUUCUUUACUGUAUGGUUGGGUAGGUCCGAGACAUGACUGAAACUUCUGAUCAGUUCUACUUUGAAGAUAUUUUUUUUUUAAAUUAACCCCUUCCUGAGAUGUAGUUGACUGCAAAUUGGCAAGUAGCUUUGUAAGAAACUUUUCAAACUCUAAAAAGUAUUAGUUGCACUGUAGUUCCAGAAUUGGUUCUUACUACACUGUUUUGUUUGCAACUUGAAAAUUGUAAUGUUUCCCUUUCUGUCAAUGUUUUGGUUUUGGGUUUGGUUGGUUGUUGUUUUUUUUUUAAUUUUUACCAAAUACAGAAUCUUCUAGAAAUGCACUUAAGGAGACAUGCUCAUUGUAGAGUAAAGUUAAACAGAUGCUUUAAUACGGUAAGAGUUACACUCAAGCUGAGAAUGGUUCAUGUAUUGUCUUUUUUGGGAGUAGAGUUAGGAUGUUUCAGUUUCGUCCCAAAUGAAGCAACUAGUAGUGCAGGAUUUUAUGAGGAGAAAUUUUCUUUUGAUUUAAAUCGCACUUGCUUUAUGCCAACAUCUCAAUUUUUAUAUUGUAUGAGUAGAGUGCUAAGAAGAAAAUCUUUCAGCAUUAGUAGUACCAGGGGCCAUAAUACUUUGUACCACAUCUGCAUGAAAACUGCAUUCAUUGUUGUAUUAUCAUUUUGAGAGCCAGGUAUUAGUUAUCUUUAUGUCUGUUCCCUCUGGCCCUACACCGAAGCAGGGAAAAUCAGUUGUAUUUUGUGCUUUAAGCAGUGUUCCUGCCAUUGUUUUCUUUUUAUUUGCUUCAUAGAACAUUCAGGCUUAAAGCAACAGAACUGCAGUGACAUAAGCAAAUAAUCACUCCUUAUGCUCAUGUUCUGAUUGAGGUAAUGAGAGAAGGAGGUCAUAGAGAAAUAAGAAUCCCCUUUUCACUAUUCCUGGUGCUCUCUUUGCUGCUGUACAGCACGUGCAUCAUACCCACAGCCCCUGGAAUUCUGAAUCCUUUAAAACUCUACAGGGUUAUUCAGAUGCUGCUUCAGUGAUGCUGCGGUGUGUCCUGUUUGGUAUGUCCUAUCCACAGUGAUCGCCAGAUGUGCUUUUCUAUCAUGAUACGUCUGCAUGCUUGCUAUGCUUACUGUUUUUUACUCAAAUACGCAUCACAGUGCCGUGUUUUUUGCAUGACAAAUAGCAGAAUAUUAAAUCUUCAGGGCCACAGAAGAAGGCCUCAUGGUGCAGAAAGAACAGGUUUACAGAUUUCUCUUCCUGAUCCCACAAAUUUUUCCUUUGGUCCUUUGUGUCCUAGAAAUGAAUUUAAACUAUAUUUGAGAAUGUCUAUGUUAACAUUGAUUAAACUGGAAAAAAAUUAACACUGUAUGCUAUGGAGGGCACGAUCAUUUUGUAGCAUUGCUGAUUUAAACAAAGUAUACAUUCAGUGAAAGUAUUGUGGGAAACUCUUUCCUAGUUUAUGGUUAAAGUCUGAUUGUAUAGACUUUGCUUAAAGCUUUCAUGGAUGUUUUGUGUACUCAUAUUCUCAGAUAUCUUCCUAUUAGCUUAAAUAGUAAUCCUGUUGCCGCUUAACAGCUAAACACUGAAAACUGCCAGUUUUACUUAAACUGGAAGAUACUGAGUAAAGUUAAAUGGCACAUACAAAGCGGUGCUUAAGGGCUUUCCGAUUUACAAUUUUAUUUCUGCAACAGCUAUUCAACUAAUAGUACAUUUACACCAAAUUAAUGAGUUGCAUUCCUUCAAACAAACCCUCUUUCUUGUAAUGGUGAGGGCACUCAGUAUGCUGUAAUCUUGACAUAUCAUCUGAGAAAGUGGUCUGUUUAAGUAUUUUAAAAUGUGAAAAUACAUUGUCAACCUAAAACCAGUCAAAAAUGUAAUUUAAUACCCUUUAAAGACAAGUAAGAGCUUGAAUUCAACUAGCAUUAGAUUAAGAUUCCUGCAUUGAAAAUAAAUUAGUUUAUCAGUGUCACCAUUUAUUACAUACGCAUAGAAGACUGUAGAAGUUGAAAGUAAUUUCACUCUCUUAUGCACUUUAUUUUUUGCAUUCUUCUUAGAAAACCAAAAUAAUAGUAAACAUUUUUGGUUUUGAAUUCUAAUUGAUGCAGUUGUUUCAGUUGUGAAUACUGCAAGAAAAUGUCUAUGUGAAAAUAUUCUCACUGGUAUUUAAAAGGAAUUACAAAAUUUCUGUGGUCUUAAGGCUUUGUAAAAUCAUCCUUUAGAAAAAUCUAAGUAUUGGACCAGUCUGGAAUUAACCAAACUCCUAGACUUACACAAAGGGUAACAAAGGAAAUACUCUAAAUGCAGAGAAGAAUAUGAAAUUAUGCUGCCUAGGGUUACUUUGUGGAUUAUAAAGUGCUAAGACCUUGUACUUGCAGUACAUAUAAACGGCACAGCGCAUUCUAAGGAACAUUAGGAGCGUGUUGCAAGUAUUGGGCAGUCCUUAUUUUUCCAAAGUCUCCAAAAAUAUAUAUAUUUUUUUUAACAAAAGAGUAAUGUAAAGUAUACCUCCUUAUGCAAGUGUUACUGAUAGAAAUUGUUACAUUUUCUUUUAAUAAACAAAAGGGACAAAAUCUUUUAUUCGUAUUUUUCAAAUAAAAUAUGCUCUUUGCUAUGGUGAUGGGUUAUUGUAUUCCUCAUCACAACUAGAACGGGUUAUUUUCUUUUCACUCCUGUAUUUUAUACUCACCAAAGAAAUACAACGAUCUAAAAACA